GCGGGACAUAGCGGCUCUCUUGAGAAUUUUGUGUUGUUAGAUCGCCUCGCGUGCUUUAGGGUUUUCUUCUUCUUCGUCUUGUCUUUUCAAGAUGACUGCUCAAAAACCUACCUGCUCCUCCCAACAUCAUCAAUCUUCUCCUCUCCGCUCCAUGAUCUCACCUCGCAAAUCCCUGGCCAAUUUCCACCGCCGCAGAGGGAGGAGUAACGUGUUAAGCAUGCUAGCACAGAGGGAAGUUUCAUCAAAAGCAAAGUUUGUGCAGAGGAAACGUUGGAGUAAAAGUAGUUAUUAUUACUCACCUAUGAAACAGACAGGACAAACUCUUCCUUCAUGGGUUGAGGCAGAGUCGUUGCAGCAUUUAUCUGCAAAGUAUUGCCUUUUUGGAGUUUCUCCAAAAUCAACUAUUGCAACCGCUUUUAGUUCUGAUGGCAAAACUCUUGCUUCUACCCAUGGUGAUCAUACUGUAAAGAUUACUGACUUCCAAACUGGUAACUGCUUAAAAGUUUUGACCGGCCAUAUGAGGACUCCUUGGGUGGUCAGAUUCAACCCGCAACGUUCAGAAAUAGUUGCUAGUGGUAGUUUAGAUCAGAAUGUUCGCUUUUGGAAUGUCACAACUUCUGAGUGUAUUAAAUCUCAUGAGUUCGAUAAGCCUAUUGCUUCUCUCGCUUUCCAUGCUGAGGGUGAACUGCUUGCUGUUGUUUCUGGUCAUAAGCUGUACAUGUGGCACUACAAUAUGAGUGGAGAGGAAUCACCACCAGUUGUUAUAUUGAAGACAAGGCGUUCUCUGAGAGCUGUACACUUUCACCCUCACGGGGCUCCAUUGCUCUUGACCGCAGAGGUGAGUGAAAUAGAUCCACUAGAUUCCUCAAUGUCUAUAGCAACAUCUGUGGGUUGCUUGAGGUAUCCUUCUCCUGCUAUCUUUUUCACUGGCCCUCAAAGCAGUCAAGACCGAUCAGAUCUCCUUGAGCUAGGACAGAUUCGGCAGUCAUUUCAACUAAGUGAUCGAGUUUCCUGGGAGAUACCUUUUAUGCAAGGAUGGUUGAUGGCUCAAGGCUAUGGUGUUUCAGCAGCUAGUCUUGAGGCUGCAGCAGCUGCAGUUACAGAAGUACCUUGUACUGUCAAACUCAGAGUUGAGAUGGGAGCUCAUAUUUCGCCGUGCGGGAGAUAUUUAGCAGCCUGUGUUACAUGUGCUGUUCCUCAUACUGAGAUAGGUCCUGGACUGCAGACACUAGCACAACAAGAUUUAGGGCUUGCAACUUCCCCAACUCAACACCCUCUCACAGCACACCAAGUCAUUUACGAGCUUCGUGUCUAUUCUCUCCAAAAGGAAAGCUUUGCUUCAGUACUUGUGUCACGGGAAAUUAGAGCUGCGCAUUGCUUGACAUCUAUCCAGUUCUCGCCCACCUCCGAGCAUAUACUGCUUUCAUAUGGACGGCAUCAUAGUUCUCUUUUGAAUAGCAUCGUUAGUGAUGGUGCAACUACAUCACAAUUUUUCACAGUGUUGGAGAUUUACAGAGUUUCGGAUAUGGAGCUUGUCAGAGUACUCCCUAGCACAGAGGAUGAAGUGAAUGUUGCUUGUUUUCACCCUUCUCCUGGAGGUGGCCUUGUUUAUGGUACCAAGGAGGGUUCACUGAGGAUCUUCCAGUACAAUACAGGUGUAACGUCUAACUUCACUGGACCAAACACCUAUCCUGAUUGGAACUUGUCCGAGGUAGCCUAGAAUUAUACAUUAGAGUGAUAAGGAAGAAAGAAGCCAUUUUUUGGGUUUCCAUAAAAUCUUUUUCACUCUUAUUCAGACAUUUUCUUUUAUCUAAAGAGACUGCAUUUAAAGAAAUGUAAAAAAAAUAUUGUUUUCUGUUGUUGUUUGUAACAGAGUACCCUUACCUUUAUAUUGUUAUCAAAGAGGAGUAUGCAAUGUUAUGAUGCUGAAGCAUUAGACCAUUUCCAAUCUCC